AUGGCCCCAACAAGACAGAGCAAUGCCGAACGUGGGCGGCUUAGGCAAGCAUGUCGAGAGGUGCUGUCAGAGCACAUCUAUAUUAGCGUAAAGCCAUCGGAAAUCCGCCUUAGCCCUCGGGCAACAGACCCAUAUACUUGGAAAUUCCUCCCAGAAAAGGAGGAAUCUCUAUGCAUUAUCUUCGCAAAAAAGUUGAGCGACCAUUCCAUUAGCGCUUACAGACUCCUUUGCGAAGAAGUUGGAGUAACUUUUGAGGCUGUUUUAAAGGCGCCCUCAGGCUCAACCCCUGAUAUAUGCACGCUGUCCACAGAAAUGAGCUUUAGUUCAAGGAUACUUGAGCUCAAACAAGAAAAUGCAAGACUGCAUCAAGAGUUGUGCGAGUGGAGAGACAAAGCAAACGCGGAAUCAGAAUGUAGAAGAGAAGUGGAAAAGGAACGGUAUCAACUACAGCAGAGCUUCCAACAACUCCAAGGCCGGGUUAAAGACUAUGAAGGUGACAUAGAAUACCUCAGAAGCAGUGUUUCGAUGUGCCAUCAAGGGUUAGAGCAGGUACUACCUAUGCUAGCAGAUUUAAAGACUGGAGUGUCGUUUUGUACUGCUUAG